UCGAAAUAGAGCAAAACAACAUGGCUACCGUCGAAUCAUCAACCGGUGGUAGACUUCUCGUGUUAUUUAUUUUGGUAUCGGGUUUUGUAUGUGUGCAUGCGUGGGACUCUGUAGAUCUGGAACUGUUUGAUAUUGUCGAGGAAGUUAAAGAUAAUUUCUACCAAGUCCUCGGCGUAGAAACGACCGCUACCCAGGCUGAGAUCAGAAGAGCAUAUCGGCGAAUAUCCUUGCAGUUACAUCCAGACAGAAAUAAGGAGGAUGAUGCCGAAUUGAAAUUUAGAAAGUUGGUUGCUGUAGCAGAAGUGCUGAAAGAUGAAGACAAGAGAAAACGAUAUGACACCAUACUACGGGAUGGCAUGCCAGACUGGAGACAGCCUGUGUAUUACUACCGCCGUGUCCGCAAGAUGGGUCUUGUGGAAUUCGUUAUUCUACUGUUCUUCAUUCUCACAAUUGGACACUAUAUUGUUGCAUGGUCAAUUUAUCUUGAGAAAAAGUUUGAGUUGGAGGAAGUGCUUUCGUCCAAAAUGAAAAAAGAGGAGAAAAAGAGAAGAAAAGCCAAAUCUGGAAUAAACGAAGAGGACAUCACAGAAAUUGCAGAUGUUCUUGUGCAAGAAACAGGUGUUUCCAAACCAUCUUUCUACGACCUCUUACCCUUUCAAGUCUAUCGUCUUGUCACUUCACUUCCCUCAAGAUACCGAUCCUAUAAACAAGCUAAGGAGGAGAGAGAAAGACUUUGGCUUGAAGAACAGCUUGAGAGAGAGGCUGAGGAACAAGAGAUACUGGAGAGAAUUGAGCAACCAAAGAAGCCUCGGCGCAGGCUGCAUGUGGAGCUGCCUGAGGGGGGGAUAGAGGGUGAUGAUUCAAGCUGGGGGGCUGCUCCUGUUACCAAUGUCAUGGCUGUGACAGGUGAAAUGACAGAUGGCUCAUCAGUAGCCAAAGAUGACUCUAACACGUGGACCGAAGAGGACACGUCGCUGUUAUCUCGUGCAAUGGCUAAGUUCCCAGGAGGUACCCCAAAGCGAUGGGAGAAAAUUUCACAGGAGCUUGGUAAAUCCUUAGAAAUGGUUACAAAGCAGGUGAAGAAGAUAAAGCAAGGCUAUACCGUACCAGGGACUGCUAAUGCUACAAGCCAAGGUACAGGGAACAAGUUAGUAACAAGUAGAAAGGCUGCUGCAGUAACCGACGAAAUCUUCACACGUGCAGAUCCAGGCGUGACCGCCCUCCCGUCCAAGACACCAUCCAAAGCUGUACCUAAACAAUCGAAAGAGUUCAGCAUCAGCUCUUCUCUCAAGCGAAAUCAAGAGACACUAAAAAAUCCUUUGCUUGAUUCUGCUAUCACACGCGCACAGGAAAGGCGAGAGAAUGGCACGGAACAGCAUGGCGAGGAGAACAGCGACGAAGCGACAACGUGGUCCCAGGCACAGCAGAAGCUACUAGAGAUUGCAUUACAACAGUUUCCCAAGACUACUCCUGAUAGAUGGACGUGUAUCGCACGCGCAGUGCCAGGAAUGACCAAGGAGGAUUGUAUCAACCGGUACAAAUAUCUAGUCGAACUCGUCCGGAACAAGAAAACCGCGUCAUCCACGUCGUGACACCUGACUUCUAAGAAAGUUAAUAUAUAUAACAGAUAUUUUGGAUUUAUUAUUCAUGGAGGCGGGAGUCGAGCAAGCGGAGACAGUAACUUCGACCGGAAUAUCUCUUCCAGCAAUGCGAAAAGGGAAACAAAAAACAAUAAAUGAGUUUCAACACGGCUGAACUGGAAUGGGUAUAUAUCGAAAAGUGUCGCAUUUAGUGUCUUGGCUUGGAUGUCAACACGGCGGCCUCCGCCUCGUUACGCUGACCUCUACGCCGUGGGCUCCCAAGAAUGCUAUAGAGCAAUCUCGACCUCUACGCCCUGGGCUCCCAAGAAUGCUAUAGAGCAAUCUCGACCUCUACGCCCUGGGCUCUGAAGAAUGCUAUAGAGCAAUCUCGACCUCUACGCCCUGGGCUCCCAAGAAUGCUAUAGAGCAAUUGCGUCUUUGGCACCAUAAAUAUUAUUGCAUAAAGAAUAUACAUAAAGUGCUUUCUCUACCACAAAUACAUUACACACAAACGGCAGGGGUUUGAGAGGGAACAAGGGAAGGGAAACAGUCUCUUGUGAAUGGUUCAUUGCUUUAUCCCAAUAAAGAUCUGGAUCAUCUCGGUAAAUCCAUUGGGAAAAUAGAUCCCACCCCCCUCUUUCUCCCUCUCUUCAAUUAAUACUUUAAAUAAAAACAACAGUUAUAUUCA